GUUCUUUUAAAUUUAGCAUGCUCACUUCGAAAGCAACUGCUGAAGAAGCGGAUGUCCAAAGGACCAUACAAGAUCCUCCUGACGCCCUCGGAUUUCGUAUUCCCUCAGGUCACGGACAGUCUGCGGGUGGACGAGGGCAUCGAGGCGAUGCUGUGCUGCUGGCUGCAGCAGCUGCGCGAGUUCGGCGGCCCCGAGGUGGCGGAGCGGCCGGACCUGCUGAAGGGCUCGUUCGGCUCGCUGCAGCACCUGGCGAGGCCCGCCACGCUGGCCGGCUCCACGGGGUCGCUGGCGCAGGCGCGCUCCUACCUGCAGGCCGACACGCGCGCGCGCUACAACGGGGACCUGGUGCAGCUGAAGGAACUGCCCGUGCAGGGGACGUUUGAGCUAAAGAGCAAAGCCAUGGACGUGCUCAUGACGCUGCACGGGCUGCGGCACGAGAACGUGAACCCGCUGCUCGGCUGCCUGGUCGACUCGUCGCGGCCGGCGCUCGUCUUCGAGUGGUGCAGCCGCGGCUCGCUGGAGGACGUACUCGUGCAGGACGAGAUCAAGCUCGACUGGUCCUUCCGCCUCUCCCUGCUCACCGACCUCGUCCGGGGCAUGCGCUACCUACACACGACGCCGGUGCGCGUGCACGGCUACCUCACGUCGCGGAACUGCGUCAUCGACGCGCGCUGGGUGCUCAAGGUCACCGACUACGGGCUGCCCGCCUUCUACGAGGCGCAGAACAUCCCGCCACCCUGCAAGUCCGCAAGGGACCUGCUGUGGACGGCCCCGGAGCUACUGCGGAACCCGGCGCUCCGCAAGCAGGGCAGCCAGCCGGGGGACGUGUACAGCUUCGGCAUAGUCAUGCAAGAGGUGGUGGUUCGCGGGGAGCCCUUCUGCAUGCUCGCGCUCAGCCCUGAAGAGAUCCUGGAGAAGGUGAAGCGCCCGCCGCCGCUGAUCCGGCCGUCGGUGUCGAAGGGCGCGGCGCCGCCGGAGGCCAUCAACAUCAUGCGGCAGUGCUGGGCCGAGCAGCCCGACAUGCGGCCAGACUUCGGCGCCGUGCACGACCUCUUCAAGAAGCUCAACCACGGCAGGAAGGUGAACUUCGUGGACACGAUGUUCCAAAUGCUGGAGAAGUACAGCAACAACCUGGAGGAGCUGAUCCGCGAACGCACUGAGCAGCUGGACAUGGAGAAGAAGAAGACGGAGCAGCUGCUGAACCGCAUGCUGCCCAGCUCAGUGGCGGACAAGCUGAAGCUGGGCAUGCCGGUGGACCCGGAGGACUUCCGCGAGGUGACGAUAUACUUCUCGGACAUCGUGGGCUUCACCACCAUAUCCGCCUACUCGACGCCGUUCCAGGUCGUCGACCUGCUCAAUGACCUCUACACGUGUUUCGACGCUACAAUAAACGCUUACAACGUCUACAAGGUGGAGACGAUCGGCGACGCGUACAUGGUGGUGGGCGGCCUGCCGGUGCGCAUCACGGACCACGCCGACCAGGUCGCCACCAUGGCGCUGGACCUGCUGCACCAGAGCGGCCGCUUCCGCAUCAGGCACCUGCCCGGCACUCCGCUGCGCCUGCGCAUCGGCCUCCACACAGGUCCGUGCUGCGCUGGAGUCGUCGGCCUGACGAUGCCUCGCUACUGCCUGUUCGGUGACACCGUCAACACCGCCUCACGUAUGGAGUCCACAGGUUCGGCGUGGCGCAUCCACCUCUCGCAAGCGACCAAGGAGCAGCUGGACAAGGUCGGCGGCUACCAGCUGGAGUACCGUGGCGAGACCGACAUCAAGGGCAAGGGCAAGAUGCACACCUACUGGCUUCUGUCCAAGGCCGGCUUCAACAAGGAGCUCCCAGUGCCGCCGCCCAUAGGGGAAAGCCACGGGCUGGACGAGCGGCUGAUCCGCGCCAGCCGGUACCGCGCGGGCGGCGGCGGCGGGGCGGGCUCUGGAGGCUCCAGCGCGGACAGGGAGAGGGAGCGCUCGCCGCAGUCGCAGCAGUCGCAGCAGUCGCAGCCUCUGCCCCAGCAGCCGCAGCAGCAGCAGCAGCAGCAGCAGCAGCACGCCAGGUCAGAGGACGGCGGCUCGUCCGGGCACGCCAGCCCGCUGCCCGCCAAGAGCGUCUCCACGUGCGACCUCAAGGUGCGCGCCUCCGUGCACAGCAGCGCCGGCGCCGCCAACUCGGCGCCGCUCGACCACCCCGUCAAGUCCGCCUCGGCGGAGCAGAGCUCGGGCCUGGCGGCGUCGGAGGUGGCGGCGGCGCUGCUGGGGGUGUCGGCGUCGUCGCUCAACUGCCGGUCGGCGGCGGCGGCGGCAGCGGCGGCGGCGGCGGCGGCGCACGCGCACCAGCGGCGCGACCUGAGCGCCAACUACAACCACUACCGCUGCCUGUCGCCCAGCGAGCAGCACCUGAACGUGCCGGCGGGCCGCUCUGCGGGGGCGGGGUCGCGCUUCCUGAGGCGCCAGUUCAGCCUGGACCGCGGCGACGAACCGGCGGCGCACGCCGCCCACCACGAGCAGCGCGCCGCCUCCACCGGCCGCCUCUGCAAGCAGAACAGCGCCGGCGCCGCCCCCGACCUCGAGCGCAUCGAGGAGAUCCCGCUGGGCGCCGCCAGGCACCACUCGCGCCUGCCCGCCUUCGCCUCCAUCUCCGUCUCCGCGGAGUCGCUCAACUGA